GGCGUCGUCUGCUUGGACAAGCCUUGCCAAAGUCGGAGUUGAAUAUAAAUAAUACCAAAGCCACUCAACACCAAGAAGAAGAAGAAGCAGAAGAUAAUACUAUCAAGAUGGUAGAGUGGACUCCUUCAGAUCCUUCGGGACGAUGCGUUCGGGAAACGGUGUUUGGAACUCCCUAUGAGGAGAUUUCGUGUCUGUACCCGACCAUGGGCAAGUCUUACAUGAGCUGGGAGUACUACGAUAUCAAGGACUUUUACAUUUGGAUGCGCGACAACUACGUUUGGUGUCCUUUUCUUCUGUGUUUCGUCUAUGGCGCUGGAAUUUUCGUUGGACAGAAGUACUUUGCGACUCGCGACGCCUGGAGCUGGCGUGGGACUUUGGCCGUUUGGAACUUGGCAUUGAGCUCCUUUUCCACAUUGGGCUUUCUCCGUAUGUUGCCCCAGUUGAUGCACAACUUGUACUACUAUGGAUUGUGGGGACAGCUCUGUCUGGAUCCUGAGAGCAUGGUUGGUUCCUCCACGACGGGUCUUUGGUGCUGCCUCUUUGUCUUGAGCAAAAUCCCAGAAUUUGGAGACACCUUCUUUAUUGUCAUUCACAAGAAGAAACUCAUGUUUUUGCAUUGGUACCAUCACAUGUCAGUCCUACUUUGCUGCUGGCAUUCAUUCGUUUCCAAGGCUCCUACCGGAUUAUUCUUUGGGACCAUGAACUUUGGAGUUCACAGCAUCAUGUAUUUUUAUUACUUUUUAAUGGCCAUUAAGAGCAAACCCAAGUGGUUCAAUCCUCAGUGGAUCACGGCUUUGCAAAUUACACAAAUGUUUGCAGGAACCAUUCUUUCAGUCCUGGCAUUUGUCACCAUGAUCCGGGAUGGAGAUAACUGCUGGUCCAAGCCCAAGAGCAACAUGGCGUCUUUGCUGAUGUACGGAAGUUACUUCUUCCUCUUUUGCCAAUUCUUCUUUGCCAAGUACGGAUUUGCUGUACGGGCAAAGAAGGAAGAAACACCCCAGAAAAAGUCAGAUUAAACACACAACCAACUGUGUUUGCUUUGUUUGUUUGCUGGAAGCAAGCGACAAUUCCCCAAAUAUCAACACACCACGCAACAACCUAUUUAUGUGUUAGUCGUAUUCCUACCAAGGAACGACUAGCAGCCAGAACAGUGGAUUCAAUCAACAAUAUGUCGUUAAAUUAUUAUGAAAUGAAAUGCUAAGCAACGAGUUGAGAAUGCU